AUGGCUAAUACAAUCAUACUUCCAUAUACUUUUAUUACAAAUCCUCAUAUAUCUAAACGAUAUCAUUUACGUCGUUCUACAACAAUAAAUACAAAACAAAAAGUUCAUUCAACAUCUUCGGAUAUUGUACAUAAUUUACCUGAUGUUGUUAAUGAUUGUCAUAAUCGAUGUAAUGAUAUAAUCAAGUCCAAUAAUGAAAUGAAAUUAAUAUGUAAAGAAAUUGCACAUUCACUUCGUCUUGUUGCUGAUCAAGUUGAUAAAAAAUAUUGUCAAGAUGAUAAUUUCAAUCGAGAUCUUUAUUGUUUAUCAAUACGUCUUGUAUUUCAUACAACACAUAUUCGUACAAUACUUUAUACAUUAUGGACACGAACAUUUUUACCAUUUAUUCUAUUAAUUUGCAAGACAAAAAGAUUUUUUUAA